AUGCCUCUCCAAAAGCCGAGACCAACACCGCCCGGGGGCGGCCGGGACAAUAACUCCUUCCUGUCCCCAUUAGAAUAUGACGCCGACGCGCCGUCGAUCCACAGCGACCAGGAAGCCGAUAGCGACGAUGACAUGCUCCUUCAGCGGGCGCGCAACAGCCGAGAGCUUCGAGCGCACGACCGCCUCGUUUUCAUGGAGGAGGAAGAAACAGAUAAGCUCGUAUUGGAUGCACGACGACGCACGCAGGAAAAGGGCAGGCGUGAGAGCGGGCUCACAAUACCGAACCCGUUGAGAUUGAUUCGGCGUUAUAGCGACACGUCGUUGCGGUCGUCUGCUGCAGGAGAUGAAGAUGAUGGGAGGGAGAAGAAGGUGGACAAGAGGAAGCAGAGGAAAAAUAGGCGCCAGAUGAAAAAGGAUCGAUUGUUGGCCGAGGCGCAGCAUGGGGAGGAUGGUGAGCUGAUGUAUGAAAUGGAGGAAGGGGGCAUGAAGGAGGGGAGCGAGACGGGUGACAGCAGCGAGAGGGAAGACAGUGAGGAGGUCGACCGGGUGCGAAUGAAAUUUUUGGAGGAUACCAAACGAAGGAGGUGGGGUUGCUGUCAGUGGACGCUCAUAAAUAUGAUAAUCGCGGCAGUCUUUACACUGCUGGCCUUGGGGGCAUGGAAGCUGUCCAUGAAGGACAAGAGUCAGAAGCAACAGCAGUAUGUCAGCAACGGAACUGCGCUGUUCGCUCCGACGACAAUCAUCAUCAGCCUAGACGGCUUCAGGGCGGAUUUUCUGAACCGAGGACUGACACCAAGGUUGAACGCUUUUGUCAAAGAGGGCGUGUCACCCUUGUAUAUGCUACCAUCCUUCCCGAGCGUUACAUUCCCGAACCAUUAUACCCUUGUCACCGGGUUGUAUCCAGAGAGUCACGGCGUGGUGGGCAACACAUUCUACGAUCCUGAGCUGAAGACUGACUUUUAUUACACGGACCCUGGCCGGAGUCUCGACCCGAAAUGGUGGGGUGGCGAGCCCUUCUGGGCGACCGCGGAGAAGGCAGGCAUCCGAACUGCCAUCCACAUGUGGCCAGGCAGUGAAGCACACAUUCUCGGUAUUGAGCCUAGCUUCCUGGACAAAUAUAACGGCAAAGAGAAACUUUCUAGCAAGGUAUCCAGGAUCCUCGAAUUUCUGGACAAGCCAGGCAUGGAGGACGAAAAGGCAGACCCCAAAGACAUGCGCCCGCAGCUUAUUGCAGCAUAUGUUCCCAAUGUCGAUGCGGAUGGCCACACCUACGGGCCUAACAGCACGGAGAUAAGAAAAACCAUCAAGGAAGUGGACAGCAUGAUGGACGACAUUUUCAAAGGGCUUGAGCAGAGGAACCUGACUGGCCUUGUAAACGUGGUUGUUGUGUCGGAUCACGGUAUGGCUACCACUGAUAGAACGCGUCUUCUUCAGCUCGACGACCUUGUCGACUUGUCCAAGGUUGAGCACAUCGACGGAUGGCCACUAGUCGGUCUGAGGCCGCGCAAACCAGAAGACCUGCAGUCUUUGUAUGACGAGCUGGUCCGCAACACCAAGGACAACCCGAACGUCGACAUCUAUCUCAAGGACGUUAACAUGCCUGAGCGUUACCACUUUUCUAACAACGAUCGCAUUGCACCGCUUUGGAUAGUUCCCAAAACGGGAUGGAACGUGGUUCAAAAGGAGGAGUUCGACCUACAGGAGGCUAAGACAAAAGACUUGACGUACCACCCCCGUGGACUUCAUGGCUACGAUAACGAGCAUCCUUUGAUGAGGGCAAUCUUUAUUGCGAGGGGCCCGGCUUUCCCACACGCGCCGAAUAGCAAGCUGGAACCAUUUCAAAAUAUCGAGGUCUACAAUAUUCUGUGCGAUUCAGUCGGACUCGACCCAGUGCCGAACAACGGCACCUUGAGAUUGCCCCUCAAGCCCAUUGGGCUGCACAGCCCCGAGGCACCAAUACCAGAUGCUGCCGAUCCCGUCACGUCGAGUACGGCGGCGCAGACCGCCCCGACACAGUCGGUCGGUGUUGACCCGAUACCGGAACCGACCCCGACAGAAUCUCCGGGCAGCAACAAUGGUGGCGAUGACGGAAAGGAUGGUGAUGGUCGGCCGAAGACCGCCAAGGAGAAGCUCGAAGACCUUUGGAGGUGGUUUACGGGCAAGGUUAGUAAGGCUUGGGGGAAGAUCGCGCACCCAAACAGAGGAGACUCUAGCACGGAGGACUCGAAGAGUGCUUGAUAUGCGCAUAUAUGUUGGCUAGUUGGAUUGGCUUAUGUGUUAUUAGCGUUUCCUUUUUCUUAAACCAAAUUGUAGCUUAAUACACAUGUUCUUGAUGACGUUUGGUUUUGGA